ACGACAGGCUUUGCUAACUAGCUUACGGCAAUACCAGCCUUUCCCACUCAAACAUGAUGAGGAGGACGCCGGCGUUUUAGUGGCACAACAACCUGCUUGCCAACCUACAUGGGACAACGUUACCAAGAUAGCCGGCGUAGAAUAUCUGAACUCGAUGAAUUGACUCCCGAAACGUGCAUUUAAGUUUGUCCAGAAGAACCUCCAACAUGGACGACCCCAACAAACCUCAGCGCAAAAUGUCCACAGCAGGGGACAGCCUGUACAAAAUUUUGGGCUUGCAGAAAGGAGCAUCGCCUGAAGAGAUAAAGAAAGCUUACAGGAAGCUGGCGCUGCGGCACCACCCGGACAAGAACCCCGACAACCCCGAAGCGGUGGAGAAAUUCAAGGAGAUCAACAACGCUAACUCCAUCCUGAGCGAUGAGAACAAGCGUAAGAUCUACGAUGAGUAUGGCUCCAUGGGCCUCUAUGUGGCAGAGCAGUUUGGCGAUGAUAGUGUCAAGUACUACUUCCUCAUGUCCAAGUGCUGGUUCAAGACCCUGCUGGUGUGUUGCGGCAUCUUCACCUGCUGUUGCUGCUUCUGCUGCUGCUGCUUCUGCUGUGGCAAGUGCAAGUCUUCCGAGGAGGACGGGAGAGAAUUCUAUGUGGACCCGGAGGACUUGGAGGAGAACCAGGAGAACCAGGAGCAAGAGGAAGCAGGAGACACUGUAAUUGUUAUUCAGCCCAGCUCGUCCGCUACCGCCGACGCUUCGGGCAAAGCUGACGCCGCCACGUCAGGCGAGGAUACGCCCAUCAUGAGUCAGCCCCACUCCGGCAACGGCUCCACCUCCGUCGCCGCCAUUGAUCUGAUACUCGAGGACUGAAUCACUGCCUUGACAAAAAAAAAAAAACUAUUGUCAAAGUUUGGAUCCGUUUCUUUUUUUUUUUUUUUUUUAGGGAGUUCCAAUAUCUUUGUUUACACCAGCAGUUAUUUGGGGCUUGUGUUUAGGUGCCACAGGGUUUGCUUUUGGGUCCACCUGUGUUGUUUGUUUUUACACAGGACUAUGCAGAAAGUCUCAGGCCACCAUCAGAUUUAUGUCUUAGCAAUGUUAAAAUGAUACUCACAUGGGAGUGGGCCAAAAAUAGGCAUAUCACUUUGUGUACAUAGUUUCAGAACUGAAUUUACAGUUUUCCCCCCUCCCUCAGACUUGCUUAUUACAUUCAUACCAUUGAAAAUCAUUCAUAGAGCUUGUAUGCAUUGUCUAAAGCUGCUGCAUCCUAAUAGUUAGUUUUACAAGUCAUAUUGACUGUUGAAAAAAAAAAAAGUUCAAUCUAAGGACAGAGUUACCAGUGACCUGAGAAUGAUGCACAGUUUUUUUUCUCUGAUCACUUUUGUAAUGUUCAUGUUCAUUGUGCCGACGUGCCAAAAUAGAGCGCACAGCCUCCCAAGAUGUGUCACAAUUGUUCCAAAUUUUAUUCAUUGAAUUUUAGUCAUUCAAUUUUAUUCCAGAUUUAUUCAAAUUUUAUACAUUGACAGUAAAAAUUGGGUUUUUCUGUGAUAUUUCCAGCCGCGGCUAAAAUGUGCUGAGACUUUUCUAGGUGACCUAAUUAGAGUUUCGACAUCCAGCUUCUCGUUGAAUUGGAAGGUUUGCAAAAAAAAUACUGAAAAUCUACCACAGUUGAACGUUCGCAGUCAAAUUAAGUUCACCGAGAAAGGUUAUGACGUAUUUUCAAAUUUCAUACCCAAGCGGAAUAUGCCUUCCUUCUUUUUUUGAGUCGUGUAUAUGUGUACAUAACCACUAUGAUCAUCACAUGCAAAGCCAAACAGUUGCACUUUUUUAGGUGCCAACAUUAAUUCCAUGUGCUGUGUAGACAUAGAAGCCAACAAAAGUACAUGAACAUAAAAAAAGUUAAAUUGUCA